AUGGAUCUCUUUGACCACUUGCCGAACUUUGUAGAUCUGAUGAGACUUUAUGCGGCCCUGGACGCAGUGAUGUGCCGGUCCUUCCCCCCCACACUCAGGAGGGAGGCCAGGGACUGGAGCUUUGUGGCUUCCUUCCUAAGCAGCAAGAGGAAGAGGAAGGUGGUCAUUGGGUUGAUGCAGGUCGUACAGGAGAAGGAUGAGUCAUUGCAAGAAUACUUGGCUAGGCUUAGUCGGGUGACUCUUGGCAUAAAGGACUUGCAAAUGUCUACAGUGGUUACCGCCUUGAUGAAUGGGACGCGAAAUCGGGCCUUUAAGAUGUCAGUCUCCAAGAAUCCCCCGGAAUUGAUACAUGACCUGUUGAAGAAGGGAGACAAGUACUUCGAUGCGGAAGAAGCGGAGAAGGUAACUAAAAAUCUCAGAGAUGGAUGGGAGACGAAAGCUCAUAAGCGAAAUACGAAUGAUGAGCGAAGGCAUGCUGAUAAGAAUAAGCCGAAGAAUGAACGUAUGAAUAAGGGUUAUACCCAGGACUGGUCGGUCAAGCAGAACAAGAGAAAUCAAAGUAAGUAUUGCCAUUUUCAUAAAGAUCACGGACAUGAUACCGAAGAAUGUCUUCAGUUGAAGGAGGAAAUUGAGCACCUACUAAGGUGGGGACUAUUGGCUAAGUAUGUAAAAAAUGACAAGGGCAAGGAAAGGCUCAAGGAUCGACCCCCGCCAAGGGCAGGAGUGAUAAACAUUAUCAUUGGGGAUGUAGCAUUGGACGGCGACUCAAAUUCUGAUAGGAAGAGCUAUGCGCAUUCCGUAGGGAUCUGCUCUAUCCAGAAAAAACAAGGUUCAACCAGAGCAUUACUUUCAACUAAUAGGACUUGA